GCCGUAGUUCCGAGACUCGGCGCGUUUUGCGCUGCGGACCGGAGGGACAUUUGUACCUCCUCGCUGGUUUGAAGUUUGUUGUCUGUGUACGCGCACCGUGUAUUUCCUCACAAAGCAUGGCUCUCAACUUCCAGACAUCCACCCUUUCUCUGACUUUGCCGAUUUCUUGCCAGAUAUGUCUCGGGAAGGUCAGGCAGCCGGUCAUCUGUGCCAACCACCACGUGUUCUGCUCACCCUGCAUGGAGAUGUGGCUGAAAAAGGCCAGCCAGUGCCCCAGCUGCAGAGUCCCCAUCACAGCAGAGAACCCCUGCAGGGAAGUCAUCGGAGGCACAAGUGAGAGCGAUCACCAUGAUAGUCCUUCCAUGAGGAAAUGUCUAAGAAAAACCAGAGGAGAACUUCUUUUGCGGGAGUAUGAGGAGGAAAUUGAAGGGUUCACCAGAGAAAACGAGGAGCUGAAAAUAAAAAAUCAAAGUCUGGAGUCCCAGCUGAAGACUGCUUUGGAUCCCUGCAGCAUUAAUACAAUGCAAACAGAUGACAAGAAAGUUGACCCCUACGUCCUGGAAGAAUGGACAAACAAGCUGCGAGCUGCCAGCGAUGUAUGUGAUAAAGUAAAGCAGGACAUGGAUAAGCUAAAGGAGGCGAAUAAGGCAUUACGAUCUCAAAAUGUCGACCUUGUACAGGAGAACAUGAGAUUGAAAGCAGAGGUGGCUAGCAGAUCUCCUCAGAAGUUUGGUCGUUACACAGUGGCAGCCCUGGAAAGUAAAAUCCAGCAGUAUGAGCGAGACGUGGACCACUUGAAGAGGGCUCUGGAGCGCAGCGACCAGUUCAUCGAAGACCUGGAGUCUCGGGUCAGAAAACCUGAGAAGAGAUGUCUUGAAGGGCAGGAAGCAUGUCUGAACAGCAAGGCUGAGUCAGAAGCACUCACACAGCAACACAAAAUCAACAUGAUGAUGAGAAGCUUGAGUGACAAUGAGAGGAAGUCCAUCUGCAGCAAUCCGGUGGUAGAAGGUGGAACCUUCUCUAGAAAUCACAGUUUGAUUUUCGUGCCAUCUGCAGAUCAAAAAGAGUCUAAUAACAAUCUGACUGGAGACCUGACUGGAGACCUGAAAAGCGAGGACUCGGAGAGCAACUCCUCCGACCUUUUGCCCGCCACCCCGUCCUCGGCCUUCCGGUCCCUGACUCUGAGAAGCCCUGGCGUCCGUGAAAAGAAAGUUGCAUUUAAACCAGCGUCUUAUCUGAGGAAGCUUGAUUUUGAAGAAUUUCCUAGCCCUGGCAAGAGCAACGGCACCAUGGAGAACGAAUUCAGCAGCCUCGGCAAAUUCCCCAAAGGCUUGCCCGCAGAUACUGACGAGGAACCCCCAAAGCCUGUCUUCUGGGGCGAUUGGCAGAGAGCAAACUCUAAUGACGAGUCGUGUCCGGGUCCAAGUACAGACGGCUCAGUCAAAGGAGCCGCAUCCCCCACUCUCGAAGGUGAGGAGUUCGGUGGUUUCCAGACGUCCUGCGAGGCAUCCAUGGAUGCAGCUUACCUGGACAAAAUCUCAGAGUUGGACUCCAUGAUGUUUGAUGGAGAGAGUUCCAGUAGCCGGGGGUCGCAGCGCUCCCUGGCUUCCUCCCCUCGCGCAGACUUGGACAACACUCUGGUCCCAGAACCACGAACGUGCCCCGAUGUCUCGUCAAGUGGCGGUGGCAAACCAGAACCGCGUGACCAGAAGAAGCGCUCGCCACUUAACAACACGGUCGGCACCCUGAGUGACAAAGAGGCUCCAAAAGGCUCGGCAGAGGAAGGUGAGCUGGUGUCGGCUAGGGAGAGCGGUAGCCGGGCCGCUGACUGUGGUCCCACUCAGACUGACGAACUGUCUUUUGAUUUGCUGUUUGAUUCGCUGGAAGAGAACAAGGCCGGUCCGUCUGGCUCUCUCAGUCCAGCAAGCCAAGACAACGAUCACGUGACCUCCUGCUCCACCACCUCGUCCCCCAGCUGCACCGGUAAACCUGUGAACACGACAAGAGACAGACACGCACUGAACAUCAGCCAGCCAACAAAGAGGAAGUCUCACAGUCCCUUUAACUCAAGCAGUCCCACCAAACUUUCAAAGCUCAUGUGAAGGUUUAAA